AGGCAAACAAACGAAUGGUGGGAGUGGCACAUGGCAAGGCUUCCGAAUUUCCAUGACGACUUGAAUAAGCUAAGACAGAUGGAGGCUGGGUCGAUUUUGCUGCAACAAAGUUUGCAGGAGUGCCAAGAGCAGCUGAAAAGGAGCCUUUGGGAAGAGGAAUUGGCUCAGACCGAGAUGACGAAAGCCAGGGAAACUCUGCGAAAAAAGGAGGCACAGGUGGAGCAAUGCAUGACUGCAAUCCAGGACUGGUCAUGUGAAUCCAUUGUGGAUGUUCUUCUGCGUCUCUGGACAGAAUGUAAGGAACACGAAGCGCAGCAAAAAGAGCUGCAGAACAGAGCCAUCCUGGAACCACACAAGGUCGACCGUCUCCGUCGAGUCCAGCACACAGGAGAGCGAUUGCAGGAGGCUAAAGAUUUUCAAAGAUCAGUGGAAAUCGCAAAGGAGGAGGCCAAAAAGACAGAUGUAGAAGCACAGAGGGCAAGGAAAGAGGUGACAUCAAGGAUUGCAAGAGUAUCUGAAGAACUGCGCGAUGCUGAAAGGCACCUGCAUUUCAUCACGGAACUUCGGGCCCAAGAGUUUGCCCGCUUAGGGGAAGUGGAACAACAGAAGCGAGAACUGCUGGAGGUACAUCGCAAGGGUGCAGUGGAGCAUGAAAGGAUGAAGUGUCAGCUGGACGCCUUGGGUUCUGGUCAAGGUCCAGCAGAACUUUUUGAUCUGCCAAAGUCGCAGAGGUCCAGCCAGUUCUUAACGCUGCAAGGACCAGAGCUAACGACCAGUGAGCCGGAGCAACAAAGAUUUGCACCAAGACGGCCGCUCUAAGUGCUGUUGAAGCAGGAAAAA